AUGCCAUACGAGAUCAUGACACACGACGAUUCUACAUCUCCCUCCUUGGGUGGUUUCGGCAGCCCUCAAGCAGACGAUAUCAUCAGCCUCAAUUCGAAUAACAGCUCUUCUUCGUCCUCUUCCGCCGACGAUCCCGCCGACUUGGCUACUCCCGACCCAUCUCCAUCUGAGGUUCCUUACAGCGGUGGGUGGAUGUAUCACUGCAAGCCCAACAACCAUGCCCUUCCGUCGUCGAUGAGAGAGAAAGCCGAAACCUUCCAUGAGCAAGCCGCAGCGGGAGCUUCCAAGACCCCUAUUACCGGAGUGGAUGACAAGGGAAACGACCAGGCGAUGGAUGAUCAGGCGCGCGGCAGGCAGUCUAAAUUCACGGCUAUAUUGCAUGAGAUAAUGCUCAACCUAGAGGCCGACAAGUAUGAGAACGCGAGGCUUCAUUUCGCUUUGGAACAGCAGAGCAAGCGACUCGAAGACGUUUCCAACAAGUUUACCGAUGGGCUGGUCAGCCGCGUCGCCCAGCUCGAAACUACCCUCGCCAAUCUCACGCUCCAGAAGACCCCGCCCGACAUCCACGUCGACGUCCACAUGCCGCCCCAUCCAUCUUCCAGCACCACCGCCGACGACACCCCUCCUCGACGUCCGUCUCACGAUGAGGGUAGAUCUGAUGGUCAUCCUGACAAAGCUGCCACUUCCGCCGCGUCAGAUACCAAAAUCUCCUCCUCUCCUCCCGUCAACCGACAAUCAACUUCCCCCCUGGUAGACGGUAUCCAAUGGGCCAAGGGAUGCCUUCGAGGCCUGCAGAUUAUGAGACAAAACUGCAAAGUUUUUCCCAGGGCUAUCGACUCUCUCGACAGAGCCAAAGUCCUGAGUGUAUCCGCUCCUGACAAGUGUCGAGAGUCGCUCUUUCACAUUUGCGGCCAGAUCGAGUUCUAUACGUUGUCUUUGAGUCGCCGAGUGGAGGAUUCUAACGCAGUUUGGGAAGCAGACGUUUUGAAGGAGGUGGUGAACGUUCUGAAGAAGGCCUUGGACUCGUCAGCGUAA